AUCUGUCAACUGUUGUAUCAUGCUAAGUUGAAAUUUACGAUUUGUGGCGAAACUCACGGCGUGGAACUAUGUGACACUUACAUGAGUCGUGUGGAGUUGGUAAAAUUCCUCAUAGAAUCCAAUUUCUAUGAAGUGCCAUCGAUUGAAGACUUGAUGUCUUCCCAGUCUGCAAGGCGACUUCGCGACAAAUUGAUUGAGAAUGAAAGUCUGUCCUUGGCGAUGGAGGUAACUACAAAAUGUGGACUUGAUCCGGGAGCUGUCUGGGGAGCCUGGGGCCUGGCUUACCUUCAAGUCGGACAAUUUAAGGAAGCUCGUAAGAAAUUCAAUAAAUUCCUGAAGCCAUCAGAACGUGGUAAAACAACACAAGGCAACCAACGUUAUCUUAAGAUGAUCAUUGACAUUCUGGAAACGUCUCUUAUGUUGUCAUUCGACUACCUCAUUGUUGUAAGCACAUUAUUGAUAGAAUUAACAAGAUUGCGUCAGUGA